AUGUCUAGAUAUGGCUGGACUAACAAUCCCAACGUCACUGAUGAGGAUUUCGCAUACAUCACCUCACAGGAUCUGGAUGAUUCUAUGUCGAGACCUUCCGGAAAAUCGCGACGAGAUAAUCCGUCCUCCGACUCUCACGAACCAGAAGAUGAUGUUCUCUUGGUGAAAAACAAGGGCAUUACAUACCCAUUGCACUUCCCGGCCUACUCCAUCGGGGAUGGCAAACUCGUUGUCACGGAUCUCAAGGCCAGGCUUGGCACAAUAAUGGAGUUGACAGAUAGCCAAGUCCAGAAUAUCAGACUUCUUUACAAGGGUAGACAACUAGACCAUCCAGGCAGCCCAGUGCGAGAGUACGGGGUUAAAAACCGAAGUGAGAUUUUAUCCAUUAUACCAAAACUAGGCUCUGGCGUGGAAUCCAAGGAUUCGGGGUCGCAGGUCGAAACAAGCCGUACCAGAAAAGAGGGAUUUCGAAACUCGCCUGAGUACAGGGAGGCACGAAGACGGGCGGAGCAAAAAUUACCUGAGUACAGCGGGCUUCCAACAUGGCCGGUACCUAGGAAUCAAGUCCACGAUGCUGUGCACGAUUCUGACAACGAAUCAACAACCUCGGUUGCAUCUUCGUUAUUCUCGAAUACAUCUGGGUCAUCUUCUUCUAGCGUAGGCUCAGUUGAGCAUCGCAAGGAGGUUUCUGAGCAGUUGGUGGAAAUGCUCCUAAGCCGUGGUAUGCGCGAGGCGUACUCCAACGCCAUCGGCAAGUUAGGAGAAGAACUCUUCCUAAAGAUUCACAAGAGACUCUUAUCUAGAUAUCUCAAGCGCCUAAGAGACUCUACCGAGGACCCUGGAAUUUUGCUCACAAUUCGAACGCUGUCGUCUCGUUCGCAAAAGAGCCGUUCUGGUGAACUAAUCAUGCGAAUGCUCAGCACAGACGCCCCAUUGAUCUCCAACACUGACCGAGAAAAGCGGCUGAACGAAAAGCUGAAAAUUGCUUCUCGUGCCAAUAGAGCUUCAGAAGACCAGGAUGAAACAAGCGAGGAAGAAGUGGAUGAAAACGACGGCUCGCUGGAGUAUCUCAACUUGGUUGUGGCCUUCUUUAUAGAAGGGCCGGAUUUCCAACAGCUCAGAUCUGAACUGCGAUCUGUCACCAACCUUCCAUCUCUUCCACAAAGCAUGUCGGAAGCGAUAGCUCUCAAUGACCCGUUAUUCAUCGCAAUAUUCCUAGACACUCAAUUCAGGCAAGCAGCGGCUGGUGACUAUGUCUGGAUAAAGGAGCUCAAAGAGAUUGGGUACAGCAACACAGAAAUCGCCCAGCUUGUACACGAAAAAGCUCACGACUCACCCUGGAUCUAUUUUGAACCGGAAAAUAUCCCCUUCUCAGAAUCCUGGCCUGGACAUCACCUACUCAAUUGCGCGCACAAGCUCAAAUCAAAAUCAGCUGGGAAGAAUCGCGCAUCAUUCUCCUCCCCACCGCUUGAUCAAGACAGACAAGUGAGGCAAGCGGUUGAGGAGCUGUGCGGGUUAGGUGGCAUAUCGCCCUACUGCCGUGAUAAGGCAGAAUGGAACGGGACGGUUCAAUUUGACGAAGCCAGGUCUAUGGCUACGAUACACUACUCUACUCAAGAUGCAAACGAUCGAGUCUAUGACUAUUCCAAGAGUAUCUUCUCCCGACUCGUUCAAAUUGCUGAGCGAUUCGAAACAGCCGCUCGCAUGGUGCAAGACGCCGAGUUCUGCUGUGAUUCGUUCACAGUUUUGAGACUUGGUGCCUCGUCAAAAGCGUCAGCCACGCCCGAAGUCCAGCUAUCUCGUAUCGAGUUUUCUUUGGCAAGAAAAUUUAUCCGGGAUAUGAAAAGGGCUGUUAAAUAUAAAACGGAGCAGGGCCGCAUUUACAAAGAUGCUUCAGCGAAAACCGUGCAUGAAAUCCUCGAGAAAGUUAUGGAUGACCCUCCAUCAAAAGCCUGGAGCAAUAAUGAACAUCUUCACUCACUGGCUCUUCAAGUAUUAUGCGUGGGGUUCGUUUCAUACAUUCAAGCACAUAUUGGUCCCAUCCAGCCCUUUUUCAUUGACAGGCCGUUAGAAAGAAUUGUUCUGGAGGGAUGUCCGCACUACAAUUACUUUGAAUGUACCCCUAUUGUUGCCGAGCUUGUUAAUCUGACGUGCCUGGGACAAAUGUGCCAGGGACCCGUGCUUGUGUUCGGGGAGAGUUUUUCAGGUGACAAAAAUACUAAGUACGAUAUCCGUGCGACGCCUUGUGAUCUUCUAGAUACAUGGGGCCCCGGAGAGUUGCUCUUCCGACCAGAAAAUUCAGAUUCUCCCUCGGCAGUCAAACUCGGCGGCGGAUACAUCAGCCCACCAUCUUCAGACGCUGUGGGUUCCAAGUACCAUUGGGAUUGGUGUUUAAGGUUGCCCCAGAAUCCAGUCCAGAUAGCCCUGAACGAGCCUAUUACAAUUGGUGGGUUGGUUAAUGUCAAUUCAGGGUGUAAGAAUGAGGAACAGGCUUGCUGGUCAUCGUCACUUGGGAAGUUUGAGGAGUUGGGCACGCAUCGCUCCUUCUAUGAGGCGAAAGAGUAUCAGUUCGGUUUCCAGGGAGGCCCGGAUAACUUCUCUCUCACCGGAAAUAAAGUUUGGUCGAAACGACGCGGCAGAACGAUCAAGUCCCGAAACUUGGAACAAGAGGAUUACUUGUUGGUACCGUUUCUCAGUUUCUACUGGGGUGUCCGGGUCAGUUACUGUACCGGGGUGGCCCAGCGCGUCUCUUUGAGGCAGUUGGUAGCCGAUCUGCUGCCAGCCUUUUCCAAGACUCACACAAGCAUGGAGGCAAAGAAGAACUGGCAAGAACUAGUAUCCCAAUACCAUAUUAUAGAGACGUUCCAAACAUCAAAGUCGGCACAGGAAUUUUCCGACUGGCUCAGCAACUUGCCGGACCAACUGUACAAAUUCGUUCUGGGGCUCAUCAGACAGAUCCUUGGGACACUUGCGGACACGGGAUUGAGCCCAGAUGGUACACAGUUCUUGGUUGCCUGGCCUUACAACGGCGUGGUGAAUAGGUGUUUUCAUAUUCCGCUGUCUUCAUACAACGCCUGGGCGCCAAUUCUCGCGGACUCGGACGACUGCGCAACCUUUGCAUACAUGACAAACACUUGCCUCCAAUCUGGGGCCAUGACGUGCCGCGGCCCGAACCCAAACUGGGACAAUCGGUUAUAUAUGCUUGAAACCGCAGUCUUAUGUCCAGCCAGCACCGGGGCUUGGUCUCUUCGUCAUGAGCGUACAUACUUCUUCCAUAAAUUAGACAACAACCUGUAUUGGGUGAAAGCUCACAGAGAAGGAACGCAAAGCAGCGCGCCGGCGAGUCUUGUGAGACUAGUUUCUGCUCGAUCGAUACCCCACGAUAUCAGGCAAAGGUUGAUCUUCAAAGAAGACCGGAAAAAGGAGAAGAGAUUGCGCGAGAAAGAUCUUGCAUCUGUCCCAGCGGAGGUGGUGUGCGUUCGAUCACUGGGUCCUUUCUCUAUGCAGAGUCUGGAAAAAUCUCUGAGCUAG